AUGACUGUCAUCGCCGUAGCCGGAGGAUCGGGAGGGGUUGGAAAGACGCUUGUCGAGAGAUUGGUUCAAGAACCCAAAUUCAAAGUCAUUGUGCUCUCUCGUCAAUCGACACAAGAAUCUGCUUUUCCUGAAAUCCCGGUUCUGCAAAUCAAUUACGAUGAAGUUCAGUCGAUAGCGGAGACACUUGAUGCUCACAAUGUUCACACCAUCAUAUCUGCUAUUGGUCUUGUCUCCGACGAGACCAGCCAAUCUCAAUUGAACCUUAUUGAUGCAGCCGAACUAUCUGCAACAACCCAGCGAUUCAUUCCCAGCGAAUUCUCGUUCAUUCAAACAGCAGAUCUUCUUCCGAUAGAUCCCAGUAUACAAUACUGGCUUGAUGCUGCUGAUCGUUUGAAGAAUAGCUCGCUGCAGUACACUCGUGUCAUCCCGGGUUACUUCAUGGACUACUGGGGCAUGCCGCAUGUUCAAACAAAUCUGCAGCCUUACACUUUCGGUAUCAACAUCGCCAAGCGCGAAGCUGCGAUCCCCGGGAAUGGAAACGAUGUCAUCUGUAUGACAUACACGCACGAUAUGGCGAACUACGUGAUCAAAGCCCUCGACCUCGACGAUUGGCCUGAAUUUAGCGUGAUCGUGGGCGAUGAAGUCACUUAUAAUCAAAUCCUGAGCAUGGCUGAAGAAAUCACAGGAGCGAAGUUCAAAGUGACAUACGAUAGCAUUGAGCAAAUCAACGCAGGGGAUGUUACUGUACCACCGGGUCUGGAUGAUACAGCAGACGAUUCAAUUGAGGAGUUAAAAGAGGUCACGACUCUGUGCAGUCGGCUCAUUGUGAAUGGUGUCUUCCAAUUUCCCAAGGAGGACAGGCUCAACACUCGAUUCCCGGAUGUGCGACCUAUUACGAUGAGAGAAUUACUGGAAAAAUGCUGGAAGGGCAGGUGA